CCCUCUAUCGCCACUGACGCGCUGUGCUGCAUAGCAGCUGCGCGCUCUCACGUCCAGUGUUUGACAAAACCUUCUUGGUUUGACUGUGCGAGCAGAACGUGCGCGGCGGUAAUGGCUGCCAGGGAGAGUAAAGAAGACAACAAAUGAACCCCCGAGAAUCGACUCGAAGUGAGGACUAGGAUGGUAAGCAGCCAGCCGAAGUACGAACUCAUCCAGGAGGUGGGGCGUGGCAGUUACGGUGUGGUCUAUGAGGCAGUAGUGAAGCGUACAGGGGCAAGGGUGGCGGUGAAGAAGAUUCGCUGCCACUCUCCAGAAAAUGUCGAACUGGCCCUUCGGGAAUUCUGGGCCCUCAGCAGCAUCCAAAGCCAGCACCCGAAUGUCAUCCACCUGGAGGAGUGUAUCCUGCAGCGGGACCAGUUAGCCCAGAGGAUGAACCACGGUUCCAGUUCACCGCUCUACCUUGAGCUCGUGGAGACGUCUUUGAAGGGCGAGAUCACCUUCGACCCUUGCUGUGCCUACUAUUUGUGGUUUGUUAUGGACUUCUGUGACGGCGGCGACAUGAAUGCCUACUUGCUGUCUCGCAAACCUAGCCGCAAGACCAACACCAGCUUUAUGCUGCAGCUGGGCAGCGCCCUGGCUUUCCUGCACCGUAACCAGAUCAUACACCGUGACCUCAAACCAGACAACAUCCUCAUCUCCCAGGCCUGCACGCCAGCCGGCUCGUCCGAGCCCACCCUCAAAGUGGCUGACUUUGGCCUGAGCAAGGUCUGCUCUACAUCCGGGCUCAACCCCGAGGAGCCGGCCAGCGUCAACAAGUGCUUCCUGUCCACGGCUUGUGGGACGGACUUCUACAUGGCCCCGGAGGUCUGGGAGGGCCACUACACAGCCAAGGCAGAUAUCUUCGCCCUGGGGGUGAUUAUCUGGGCUAUGGUGGAGCGCAUCACCUUUGUGGAUGUGGAGACUCAGAAGGAGCUGCUGGGGAGCUACGUGCAGCAGGGCUCGGAGAUUGUGCCGUUAGGAGAGGCCCUGUUAGAAAACCCAAAGAUGGAGCUGCUGAUCCCUGCCCGGAAAAAGAGCAUGAACAGCCACAUGAAGCAGCUGAUCAGGGAGAUGCUGUCGGCCAACCCUCAGGAGCGGCCCGACGCCUUUGAACUGGAGCUCAGACUGGUCCGUAUCGCGUGCAGAGAGCUCGACUGGGACACGUGAUUGACGAGCAAACGUCGCCACAAACUCGGCCGCGAAGCACACGCAAACAUCUCAUCAGCUGCUGUUAACAAAGAUGGUCACAUAAUGGGGAGUUCCUGUUUUUUAACUAGGGAACAGUCAUUGGUUGUAAUAUUGAUGAUCCUUUACCCACUGUUCAAAGCACCCACGGUCUACGACUUUAUAUUGAAGGGGGGAGGUGUAACAUCUGCUGCUCCAAACUGCAGCCUAGUCUCAGGCUAAUCACAGCUUCCACUUCCUCAUUUCAUCUGUUAGUCAAGCAUGAUGGAAGAGCAACGUGACCCCAGAACUCCUGCUUUCAGGUAGAAAAGACAGUCAAAGCCUUUGUCUUCAAAUGCCACCCAAACCUCGGUGCUAAGUGUUACUAAAUGCAAUAUGAGACAUGAUCCUGUGAUUUCUUGUGUUUGUGCUCUUCACAUUCACCCAAAGGGCCAAUACUGCAUCCAGCCACCUCAUCGUGCUGAGUGUUGCUGUAAAGUUGUUUGUGGGUUUGACAGGACCUGACGUGAAACAGCGUUACAAUUCACAUGAAGAUUGGAAUCAAAUACAAACAAGCCCUGAAUGCUCAGGUAUUAAUCACGUACAGCUUGAUGGUGUUUGAAGACAAAAGCUCACUGUCAAGGGACGUUCUGCUUAUUGGUCGUGUAAGGGGAAAAUACCAAACUUUGGUGCUUACAUACUGGUAAUAUGGGUGGAGGACCUUUUUUUUUUAUCAGCAAGUGUCCAGCCAGCAGGGGCUUGUGGUUGGGGUUUCUCCCCUUUGCAAACUGUAAGAUAAGCUGGCCAGUCGCAGACACACCCCUGACCGGAUGAUCAGAAUGUAUAAUGAUGGAGGGCGGUCCCUGAUAUUUACAUAGAGCCUUAAACACAGAAAUACUUUUAGCCCCGAAGCACUUCAUCCAGUCAGUGAGGCACACAGCCUAAAGGAUCAUUCAGGUUUAUUACAUGUUUGUUCCAAUCUGUAGUUUUCACUGGAAGUCUGAACACUGUUCUCACCAAGGCCCCUUUAGACUGAAUUUCUGUCAUUUCAGGUAAUCUUUACAUUGGUCUGACUUUAGUCAGAUAAGAAAGACUGCUACAGAAAAGGGA